AUGGAAAAUCUUAUUAAAACAGAACCCUUGUACAACAUCUCGUAUGCAAAAGAAUCACCAGGAAUCUACUUCGACUAUAUCUCYGACAUGCAUACAACAGCUGCAAAUUGGGAGAUAGCAGUAUAUUUAAAUGUCUCCAUUUAUCAGGCACAUUAUUUACAAAUCAAAAAUKUUCAGAAAGAAACUCUAACACUUUGUAAUGAAGCGACCGAAAGUUUUUCAAAUGAAUGCAGUUUCUUAUGCUUAAAAAAKAMAUUUUAUACAUCUGAAAUUUGUUCGUUGUUUAAGACUACAUCAGAAAAAGUUCUGAACGAAUUUGAAUUUGAGACUAACAAAUUAGUCCAAAUAGUUGAAGAACAGGAUCAUUCAAAACAUAAACGUGAUGUAACCAACAUUAUAAAAGAAAUGAUAUAUACUCUGUUCGGGUAUAUAAAAAUAGACGAURUUUAUAAAUUAUACUCAAAUAUUAGAACAAUGAUAAAAAGUGGUCAGAAAUCUCAAAAUUUAGCAGAAAAAAUAGAAAAAAUUAUUCAAAUCUUACAUUCGGCUAUGUAUGGGAAGUUACACCCUUUAGUACUAUCAUCAAAUCAAUUGCUAGAUGAAAUUAAAUUGAUAAAAUUAAAUCUUUCACCUGACUUAAACAUUCCUGUAAAAUUAGAUGUAUCUGGUAUGUCUGAACUGUAUAGAAUAAUGCAAACUACAAUCGUUAGAA